AUGUUCGGCUUCGGCAGGCCCCAGCCCACUUCGGCCGAGAAGAUCGCGGCGAUUGAGAACGAGCUCAAGGUCGUUGCCGAGAUGCACUCUCGGAUGAUCAAAGUCUGCUCGGCCAAGUGCCUCGACAAGACGUACCGCGAGGGCGAGCUGUCCAAGGGCGAGGCUGUUUGCCUGGACCGGUGCGCCGCCAAAUUCUUUGAGGCUCAUCAGAUCAUCUCGGACCAGCUGCAGAAGGAAGGUGCUGCGCGCGGCUUUGGCGGUGGCAUGUAA